UUUUUUUUUCUUUUUUUUUAAAAAACAAGGCUUGAUUUUUAACUUAAUGAAUACUACCCUUUACCCGAUUUUUGAUAUAUGUCCAAUUAAACAUUUUUAUAUGCGACCUUACCAACGCAUAAAUAAUUGUACAUGGUAUCCAAUCGAAAUUCACUUAACUGAUUCAACAAUUCAACCUUAUGAAAUGAGAUAUCAGUUUGAUGAUUUUAUUGUAUUUUCUCGGUUAUUGCAUAGCAAGUUUGAUAUCUCAAAGAGUCUAUUACCAAAAAUUAAAAAAAGUAAUUAUGCAUUCUCGUUCAGUACAUUAAAAAAUGGUAGUGGAUGUAAAAGUCAGAAAUAUAUUGACAGACAGCUCGAGUUGGAAAAUUUUUGUCAUCAUCUUUUACUAUUACCGUCUUACAUUACUUGUUCUGAAAUCUUUCUCUCAUUUUUCUCGAUGAAACCAAAUGAAGAUAUACUUCAGCAGCAAGACUCUAUAUUAGAAACAGCAUCAUUUAAAGCAUUUUCUUUAAAGGAUUUUAUUUAUUCAAAACAGUAUUCAGAAGACGAACUUGAAGAUAUUUUCUUUUCACGAUCUUAUAUAGUCGAUCAUGAUUCUUCAAGUAAAAGUAAUCGUAGUAGCGCAUCAAGUUCAUCGACUACAACUGACAGUGGUGAUAGUAGUAGUAGUUGUAGUAAUAGAGAUAGUUUGUUACUAUCGAAGCACUUAUCCACAUCAACUAUAGCAUCUUUAACAGAAGAAAAUGAAAAUAUUUCAACCAUGAAUUUCAAGGUCAUUUAUGAUUCAAAUAAUAUCAUCAUCAUACGCACUUCUCGGUCAAUAUCUCUUGAACAGUUAAAGUCUCAAAUCAUUCAAAAGUUUGCUUUACUUCAUAUUUCUUUAUCUGAUUCACUUAUUUUAUGUUCAGUCGAUGGCUCACGGUCUUCCUUACUUUCUUCUCAUCCUCAUGUAUUGACGAGUAGCAUCAUGCACACAUUUGACUCUUCUUCAGAUUCAGGUAUCCUAAUCUCGGAAGAGGAGGAUUUUACUAAGAUAAUGCAACAAAAAUGGUCAUCACUUCCAAAGGUGACACUCAGAUGUGUUAUCAUGUAAUCCCUAUUAUUCCUACUGUUAUUAUAUCUUGUAUUUUUACUAUAAGUGUCUGUAUACAUUCCCCCCUCCCCUCCUUAUUUUUUCUUUUUUUCUUUCGUUCGUUCUUUCUUUCUUUCGUUCGUUUUUUCUUUCUUUAAUUAUUAUUAUUAUG